CCCCUCUGAGUAUUUUCGCGCGCGAAAAUCAGUCAAAAAUAAACAAAACUGUUCCAUUUACUUAAAUAUUAAAACAAAGUAACUUGUGAUAAUAAAAUAUGAAUAUUGACAAUUUCACACUUCCACCGGAGUUAUUUUAUUCAAAAACUCCUUCGACAACAUGGAAACCCACAAGCUUUGCGGAAAUCUAUUCCAAGAUGAGAAUGAGAAAACAUUUUCCGAAAAGAAAUUUUAAAAAACCUGGCGAGAAAAAGAAGCAUAGAGAUCAGAAUGGUCCGCAGUUAGGACGAAUUACUAACUUAAAGAGAACUGUUCUUAAAAAAAACUUAAAAAAGAAAGUUUUACAAGAAAAAAUAGGAAAUCAGGCUUCAAAUGUCCUUGCUUUGAAUGAAAUUGCAAGCGAUGAACAUUCACGACAGAUAGUUGAAAAGAACUACCACAUCUAUAAAGGCACAUCAAAAACUGAAGAAAGUAUUUUACUAAAACAGGUUAGGAAUCAAGAAAUUAUGUUUCGACGUCUGGGUAGAGAUGACACAUUUUUCAAGAAAUUCAAUGAAAACAGCUCCAUCAAAUUCUUCAAUUCGCAGAAUGACGGCAAGGAAGAAGACAAAUCCAACCAGACCAUCACUGAAGUUGAACAACAAAAAGAACAAGAUAGUUCAAAAUAUAAGCUGGUCACGGCAUUUGAGGAUGAUGUAGAGACAGAUGUUUAUGGCACAUCAGAAGCGAUCGACACUCUUCUUCAAAAUCUCGAAGACAUCACUGAAACGGACACACUCAAAUCAAUUAAAUCAGCUAAUUCAUCUCUGGAUGAUCUCAUUGGAACAUUAGAAGGAACAAUUUGA